UAAUAAUUGAAGAAAAUGUCAAAUUUUUUGGAACCCAAAAAUGAUCCUUCUGACCAAAUGUUGUCCCAAGAGGCAUCUGGAAAUAUUCAACCAACUUACGUGUUCGAAGAAUAUACACAAAAAGAUCUUGAGAUCAUGAAGGCUAAAUCUAAAAUGAAUAAGAUUAAAGAAGAAAAGAAGAAAGAGCUUGAACUCCAAGAGAAAAUUAAGAGUAUUAAGAAGAAACAAGAGGAGCAGAUUGCCAAAUACAUUGGAGAUAUCGAAUUGACAAACCCUGAUGUGGAACUUGUGGUCAAUAGAGAAGAUGACUUUGAUAAUUGUAGAGCCACCGAAUCCGCCCAAAUUGAGACUAUAUUGAACAGCAAUAGAGAGAAAAGUGAUAUCAAUCAGUUCAAGUUAGCUAGGGCUGAAAUUAUCUACAAGAAGCCUAAGUUAACUUUGGAUGGUGAGAAGGAAGACUCUGAAGAUGAUGUACUAAAUUUUGACAAAAAUAUUAGCUUUAAAAGACCAGCAAAAAAAAGUAAGGGAAAAGAAAAGGAGAAAGUUCAAGAGAGUAAUAGUGAUGAUGAUGACGGAGAAGAGGUUAGUGAGACUAUCACCAAGAAAGGUCCCAGAUUCAACUUUGUAAAUCGUGCUAUAAAGAGAAAGAAAGGAGAUGAUAAAGAUGAAGAUAAUAUUUUGAAUAUUAUUAGUGCCUCCAAGAGACAGAAAAUCUCUGAGAGAACUGAGAAGGAUGCAACCACGGAGGAAAAGCAACCAGGAAUAGAAGAAAAGAAGGAAGAAAUACCAGACACUCUGAAGGGGCUAAUGGCUUAUAGCUCAGAUUCUGAUGAGUAA